CACCUAUACACCCGUGAGAAUCUACCAGAGAGGACCUUUUCCGUCUGGAGUUAUAUGUCAUACUGACUAGAUUAAGAUUUGGCUGAGAACGUAACGAGAAUCAGGAAAAGGAUAACAUAUGUUAAAAUUACAUAGCAAAAAUAUUAUUUUGAGAACCCGAUUAGAGGCAAUAUAAGGAAACCAGCGUUUCUGAAGUAAAUCUCAAAGUUGUUAUUCCAGGAAUGGUAAAUGACGUUAACAAUGUUACAUUCAUGGAAGAAGAAACGGCAGAAAGCUUUCCAAAGUGGGAAGAUGAAGUGGUUGAGUCGUACUGGAUGAUGGGAAGUCCACUUCCUGUUACUAUUCUCAUGUGCGGAUACCUCGUGUUUGUCACCAGACUCGGCCCUUAUCUCAUGAGUAAACGUCCACCUUUUGAUCUCAAGUACAUCAUGAUGUUCUACAACGUCUUUCAAGUGGUGUACAAUAUUUGGUUCCUGUCUUUGUUCCUCCGUGAGUCGCACUUCAUGAAGUACAUGAUGGAAGAAUCCUGUCAUCCCCGAUCUCCUAGUAGAAAUAUAGUAUUGAGGCAAUUUGCAUUUAAAGUAACAUGGGUAUGGUUGAUGUCAAAAGUGGCUGACCUUAUUGAUACCGUAUUUUUCGUGCUUAGGAAGAAGCAGACCCAUAUAUCGUUUUUGCAUUUAUACCACCAUACGCACAUGGUUCUUAUUGUGUGGCUGUACAUGAAAUAUGUCAGAGGUGAACAGGGGAUUAUGAUUGGCCUAGUGAACUCUGCAGUGCACAUUAUAAUGUACAGUUACUACUUUCUCUCAGCUUUAGGUCCUAGAGUACAACAGUAUUUGUGGUGGAAAAAGUACAUUACAUGGCUACAACUGUUUCAGUUUUUUGUUCUGAUGGUGUUCUUCAUGGCACUGCUGAUAUCUUGCAGUGUACCUCCUCUUCAAACAGCGUAUAACGCCUAUGCCUUCCUUCAGGGCGUCAUAUUCACGGUGCUCUUCAUGAACUUCUACUUCAAUUCCUAUUCUAAACCAACAAAGAAAUCAUCCAAUGUCUGUCAGGGCAAGGAAAUGAACGGAAAUCUUCCAAAACUGAGUAAAAUCAUGGAAGAAUGGUUUCUUGUCCAAACUCCAUAUCCUAUGAUAACAAUUCUCGCUAUUUACCUACUGAUUGUUUUAAAGUUAGGACCCAAAUAUAUGGAAGGCAGGCCGCCUUACAGACUUGGAUUUGUGAUGAGACUGUACAAUAUAGUGCAAGUGUUUUACAAUUCGAUCAUCGUAUUUCAUCUAUUGACACCUCAAACUCAGGAUAAAGUGUAUCCAGUGCCGUUUCUGAUCAGAAUAAGCUGUUCCAUCCCGCAACAAUUUGGUGGUUUAGAAGAAUUGAAGUAUUUGUAUCUGCUGGGAAGCUGGCAUUACCUUGUGUUGAAGCUGUUGGAUCUUAUAGAUACGGUUUUUAUGAUAUUACGGCAUAAAACAUCUCAUGUAACCUUUCUACACGUUUAUCAUCAUGCGGUGAUGGUAUUCUUCUCGUGGGUUACAAUUAGAUAUUUGAAAGCGAUUCAGGCAGCUAUUCCUGUCUUCAUCAACAUGUUUGUCCACGCGAUAAUGUAUAGUUACUACUUCCUGGCUACCUUUGAUUCUCUCAAGAAGUAUCUCUGGUGGAAACGUCACCUGACAAAACUUCAGCUGGCCCAGUUUGUGGUUAUUCUAGGCUACAUUUCAUCCCUGUAUUACUACAAGUGCCCUAUGUCAACACUGUUCACCACCAUUUGGCUCAUCAACAUCUUCGUUAUAAUGUGUCUAUUUAUACACUUCUACGUUAAGGCUUACCUUAGGAAACCUACUAGUAUUAAGACUGUUAAUAAGAAGAACAAAGCAUUAUAGUAUGUUAAUUAAGUCGUAACAUAAAAAUGGAUGUGUUCCUUUUUAAUUUCAAUAAAUUUGAUUUAGUUGCAUAAAAA